AUGCAAGUACAUGGGAGCAGUGAAGCAGAAGAGGAGAGAAUGUGCAGUGAAUUGGAGAAGAUUGAGUUGAAACAUGAAGAUGUUCUGUUUCUGGGUAUUGUGUUAGCUGCCAAGCCCUCCGGAGCACAAUGUGGUCGCGGUGGAAUUAAAUUAUGUGGUACUGAAGGUGAUUUUUUGAGAAGUCUAUGGGAUAUGCACAAUGAGUAUCGCUAUAUAUAUAAAAGUGGGCCUCGCAUACCUGAAUUGGACUGGAGCCCCGAAUUGGCGGCCAAGGCUCAGGCUUUGGCAAACAACUGCACAUUCAGAACUGAACUCCCUGACAAAUUGAAAAUAGAACCAUUCGAAAGUGUUAGACAGAUUAUUGUUGGCUUUAAAGAUAUGCAGGGAGAAGUGAGAAAGUGGUUCGAUAGGUAUAGGCUCUGUAAUGGUGUUCAAAAUCAUGAUGAACUCGCAGUUGUGUGCAAGGACUUCGAAACUGUAUUUUGGCCUAAAGCGACUGAUUUGGGAUGUGGUUUGAAGAAGUGCGUUUUCCACAAUUCGCCAACACACCAACUCGUUUGCAAUUACGGAUCAAAUGUUCUGUUGCUGGGUAUUGUGUUAGCUGCCAAGCCCUCCGAGACAAAUGAUGGCAGUGGUGCUUUGAGUCAGAGUUAUAUCAGUGGUGGUGGCGGCCAAAAUGUAUCUCGUUUUGAUGUAAGUGGUGGUGAGCCAAGUGCUGCAAUGAAAGAUGUUUUGGAUAUGCAUAACUAUUAUCGUCAUAUUGUGGCCAGUGGCCAAGUCCCUGGUCAACCCGCUAGUUAUGUCAUGCCUGACUUGAUUAUUGCUACUACUGUAUCACUUUUGGUUUCUUCUUUCGUAGAAGUGGAACUCCACAUUGGCGACCAGGGCUCAGAAUUGGGCAAAAAAUGUAGGAUCAACCACGAUCCCAGACGCAAAGAUGUUGGACAGAAUAUUGUUGUUUAUGGAACUUUGAAGGAGGAUGUAACAUAUUGGUUCAAUGAAUAUAAGAACUACAAUUAUCGUACGAACCAAUGCAAGGUCGGAACGAGGUGCCACAAUUUCAAGCAGAUGGUUUGGGCGAACACGACGGAUUUGGGAUGUGGUGAGGAAAUUUGCAAACUGGGGAAUUUCAACCUACGUUAUCUCGUUUGCUUUUACUUCCCAACGUAA